AUGGGUUUGAGGAAAGAAAGGGGGAAAGUGAUGGAGGGAGGAGAGAGGGAGCCCAUGUUCAUUCCGAUCUCUCGCAACCUGGGGAAGCUCUACAGUGAAAUGAUCUUUGUGAACGGCUUUGUGCACUGUGACCCGCACCCAGGCAAUGUGCUAGUGAAGAAAUGCCCAGCCUCUGGCAAGGCCCACAUUAUCCUGCUGGAUCAUGGGCUCUACCAGGUGCUGAGCGAGUCCUUCCGCAUGGACUACUGCCGCCUUUGGCAGGCCCUCAUUAAGGCCGACAUGAAGAGGGUACAGAAGUACAGCCGGCGGCUUGGGGCAGGGGAUAUGUACCCUCUCUUCGCCUGCGUGGUGACCGCCAGAUCCUGGGAGGCUGUCAACAGGGGCAUUGACAAGUCACCAGUCUCAGCCAGCGAGGAUAUGGAGAUCCGGUCCAACACUGCUGCUUACCUACCCCAGAUCACCCAGCUCCUCAACAAAGUUCCCCGCCAGAUGCUGCUGCUGCUGAAGACCAAUGACUUGUUAAGGGGGAUUGAAUUAGCUCUGAACACACGGGCCAGUGCCAGCUCCUUCCUCAACAUGUCUCGCUGCUGCAUCAGAGCCGUUUCCACGUACCAGAGGAGCAAGAGUCACUCGCUUUACAGGAAGGCCCAGAUCUCACUCACGGAAGCACUGAGCCUGUGGCAGAUCAGCUUGUAUGAACUCUUCCUCUGGCUGAAGGGGUCUCAGCUGGGGAACUGGGUCAUUGCUCUCCUGAGGCGGAGGCACCAUUCUAUGUACUGACAUGAACUGGUGGGAGAGGCCCAGGUGCUCCUGCCCUCCCUUCUGCUCUCCACAGCAUAUUUGCCUUUCUGACUGUUUCUGCUAUUCUGUG